UCAAAUGUCUUCUGGUGUGGACUCAGUUCGUGACCCUCUCGAUAACGCAUGGAAAACGCUUCGUUUCCCCAUCAUCAAACCCAGAGAGCUUCUCCUUUUGUUCCUCAAAGCGGGUAUCGCCGUUUCAAUGCUCUUAAUCAUAACCCUCUUUAUCACUCUCUACAAUCAACCUUUUUAUCCUAACAACAACCACACAACCAUGAAAUACAUGCUCCAACAGAAAACCCCUGAGGAAAAAGCCUCCACCAACAUCUCCCACCUCCUGUUUGGCAUUGGCGGCUCGUCUGCUACGUGGCAGACGCGUCGCCAAUACUCUGAACUCUGGUGGCGUCCUGGCGCUACCAGAGGCUUCGUCUGGUUAGAAAGUCACCCGCCAGACAACACGACUUGGCCAGAGACCUCCCCGCUGUACCGAGUCUCCGGCGACACGUCGGUGUUCAAGUACACGUGCUCGUACGGGUCGCGCUCCGCGAUUCGUAUAGCAAGGAUUGUAAAGGAGAGCUUCGAGUUAGGGUUGGAGAACGUGCGGUGGUUCGUCAUGGGCGACGACGACACCGUUUUCUUUACCGACAACCUCGUCACGGUGUUGUCGAAAUACGAUCACAACGAAAUGUACUACGUUGGAGGGAAUUCGGAGAGCGUGGAGCAGGAUGUUAUACACUUCUACACCAUGGCGUUUGGUGGUGGCGGGUUCGCCAUAAGUUACCCUUUGGCGAAGGAACUGGUGAGGAUUUUGGACGGCUGCAUUGAUCGUUACGCUGAGUUUUAUGGGUCCGAUCAGAAAAUUCAGAGCUGCAUCAGUGAGAUUGGGGUUCAGGUCACCAAAGAACCGGGUUUUCAUCAGGUAGAUAUACAUGGUAACCCAUAUGGUUUGUUAGCGGCACACCCGGUGGCACCGUUAGUAUCGUUGCACCACUUGGACUACGUGGACCCCAUAUUCCCCAACACGACCCGCGUUAACGCCGUUAAAAAAUUAAUAACGGCGUACAAAAUGGAUCCGGGUCGGACCCUACAGAAGAGCUUCUGCUACGACCUCCGUAGAAACUGGUCCGUUUCGGUGUCGUGGGGAUACAGCGUGGAGCUCUAUCCCUCUCUGCGCACUUCCAAGGAGCUCGAAACGGCGUUCGAGACAUUCCGCACGUGGCGGACCUGGCACGAUGGCCCGUUCACAUUCAAUACCCGACCCGUCAGUGUCGACACGUGCGAGAGGCCGCACGUGUAUGUGCUGGAUGGGGUUCGUAAUGUGGAUGGGGACAUGACCCGAUCUUGGUACAGAAAAACCGUGGACGCUUCGGGGAAGGAGUGCGCGCGUGAGGAGUACGCGCGGGCUUUGGAAGUUCAAUACGUCGACGUUUAUGCGUCGCGCUUUGUGCCGGACAAGUGGAAAAAGGCGCCACGAAGGCAAUGCUGCGAGAUAAUGGACGGCGCAGAUGGGGUGAACUCUAGUGUGGUUCGCGUCAAGAUCAGAGGGUGUCGUCGAUUUGAAAGCGUGACCCCUUCGUAGAAAAUUACAACAAAGAAGGAAGUUGAUUUGUAUUUCAUUCAAGUUUCUUGCGAAUGGAAGACCACUACGAAGUGGGUCAUCAGAAGACGCGUUUACUCACAAAUAUUCUACUCGAUUUCUGCACGUAUAUAAUGAUAUUGUGAGAGUAGAAGAGAUUAGAGAGAUUUCUGUAGAGUCAACUUGUCUUGAAUGUUACUCAUUCACAAUUCUUUUUUUUUCAUCUCUAA